GUUGUGAGACGCAGCUUCUCCAUCCUCCCACUACACAACAGAAUCCAUCACAAUGGGGCAGUAAUGUCAGCGGCGGGCCAGAACCGAGCAUCUCCUCCCCAGUACUGAGCCUGUGUAUGGAUCUAAUGAUGAUGAAGAAGAAGAAGUUCAAGUUCAAGGUGGAUUUCGAACUGGACGAGCUGUCGUCGGUCCCCUUUGUCAACGGCGUCCUCUUCUGUAAAGUCAGGCUGCUGGACGGCGGCUUCUCCGAGGAGUCUUCUCGAGAACCAGUGCAGGCCAACUGUGUUCGAUGGAAGAAGCGGUUCUCCUUCCCCUGCAAGAUGAGUGCCAGUGCAGGGACGGGCAUCCUGGACCCCUGCGUGUGUCGAGUGUCGGUCAGAAAGGAGCUGAAGGGUGGAAAGGCAUAUGCAAAGCUCGGUUUUGCAGAUCUGAAUUUAGCAGAGUUUGCCGGCUCAGGGAAUACAACCCGCAGAUGUCUGCUGGAAGGCUACGAUACCAAAAAUACCCGCCAGGAUAACUCCAUUCUCAAGGUUAUCAUCAGUACACAGCUCAUGUCAGGGGAUCCCUGCUUUAAAACGCCUCCCUCCACAGCCACAGUCAUUGGGAUUCAGAGUGAUGGAGAGAGUCUGCUCGAAGAGAGGAAGGGAGGAGACCCACAGAAAGGCUGUUCUGCAGAGAGUCGAGACGGGAAAUGUCCCGUUGUUUCAGAUGACCUCGGGGGCUGUGGCCACUCUCGCACAUCCAGCUAUGCCAGCCAACAGUCCAAACUCUCAGGCUACAGCACAGGCCACUCCCGCUCCUCCAGCAUGUCAGAGUUCAGCCACAGGAGAAACCACUCGGUAGGCAGUGCUUCAACGGGCAUCGGAAGCAUUCCGGAGCCCAGCGAGGACCGAGAGUCCAGACCCUGCCCGGCUCUGCCCGAACACCCGGGCCCCACAGCUAGCUCCAGCUCUAGCAAUCAGCAGGGCACGCCAGUGCGGAGCGCCUCGUCCUGCGAACGACUCAACAGACAUCCAAUGAAACAGGACUCCAUGGAAUCUCAGCUGAAGAGAAUGGACGACACGCGGGUGGAUGCUGACGACGUUGUUGAAAAGAUUCUCCAAAGUCAAGACUUCACACCCAGCCUGCUGGAUUCCAGUGCGGAGGAGGAAGGCCUGCGUCUCUUCGUCGGCCCGGGAGGAAGCACAGCCCUGGGAAGUCACCACCUUCCCACCAGGGUUGGUGCUGGGGCGUACGAGCAGGUGGUGAUAAAGCGUUAGACCCGGAGCCGCCCUGUGGUGGACUGACACUGAUAUCGUCUGAAAUUAAACUGGAAACGAGGUUGUUUCAGUGUAAAAGCUUCAUUCCAACAGCACACACCAUGUCAAGCCUGACCACUCAGCGAGCAGCCAGUGUUACAGCAGUGCCCUCUUGUGUUCAUAUCUGCUGCAUAAACCUUGUAGCUUGUUAGGAUACUUCUAGAUUUUUCAGGGGUGCAAGGAUUUCACCUCAAGGAAAACCAAAAAAAAAAAAGGGGGGGGGCAUAUUACUGGAAACAUUCAGUGUGCAUGUAAAGGGAUUUGUAGUCUUAGUUUCUGGUGCAGGCACAGUUCAUUUUGGGUUUGAAAAAACUAGUUUGUAUCCAAAAUACCUGAGCCCAUAUCUAAUCCCUGUGAAGAAACUUUGUAACAUCCUGUCUGUGGACGGCAGGAGGAGCUUCGUGAGCGCAUCAGUCCUAACAAUCUGAAUCUACUCUGAUACAUUCCUUCUGUCCAGCUGAACCAGGACGUGCUGUUUAAUCCUUUUUGCCUAUAAGCCGCUAAGCAAAAUGUAGACAGUGCUCAGCAUUUUUAAGGUGGGAACAUUUUACCAUGCAGACUUUGAACUCGAGGUGUGGAAUGUAUGUGGUUAUGUGUCGUACGGAGGACCACUUUCAAUAGCAGUGACCAUGGUCUUGUUCUCUGGGAUGAAUUAAGGACUGAAUGAUCUGUGAUGAGGAGUUCCACAUUUGGACAUGAAAAAACAGAAAAAUGUGUGAAUGUGAUUAGUUCAGGUGUCGUCACAGAGGUCCCAGUUUCUGUUUGGCACUCUGUAAAGGACUGUUUCACUUAACUAGUGGUCAAUCGUAACUCAAAUAUAUGACUUGUGUUUUGGCCAUUAUCAACUAAUGAAAACUGUAAAAUAGAGCUAAAGGCUGACAUGUUAGCUUGCAGCCGCACCGCCUGGAAGUAGUUGUGUAUUUUCCUAAACAAACAGCUAACUUUGCACUAUUUCUCCAUACAUUUAUAACUUCUUUACUCAACUUUGGAUUUGUGGAGCUUUGCCAUCGCUGGACGUAGAGAUCCAUUUACAACUGUGUCAGCCUUUUCACCUGCAGACUUAAUUUAAUUUUAAUUUAAUUUUAUAGCCGAUGCGUUGCUGCCUUUUGGCUCUAAGUUCAGGGGGGAAAAAAUCUGUCUGCUAAUAGUGCAUCUAAUCACUCGUUGACACUUAAAAAAAACAAUAGUGCCCAUCACUGUAGUCCUGUUUGGGAUACUUCUUUUUUCAAGUAGCGCAAAAAACUGAAGGAGUACUUUCAGACAUCCAGUGGAAACUUUAUCUCAGAGAAGACUUUAAGGUGUAAUUGGUGAAAUAUGAGUGGGAUGGGUCAGUUUUACACUUUUCAGUGGAUUUUUUUUGACAUACAAAAGUAUGUUUUUGUUAAGAAAUAAAUCUCAAAUGUAGAAACAUUUCCACUAUAAAGGACACUGAUUCGACGUAAGGAAAAUCCUGAACCAUACACAGGUCUGUUCAUAGUUUCCCACUUCAUAUAACUAAAGGAGAUGACGGCCAAAUCACAAUCAACGGAUAACAACAACUAUCAACCGCUCUUAUCCGUUCCACACUUUAUUCUUUAUAUACUUUCUGUCUGUAUGAGAUCAAAUGCCAAACAAGAGUCUGGGCCUCUCUGAUUAACACUGCUGUUGAAGGACAUGUACCUAACUCCACUGUUUCUGACACAUAUAUAUGAAUAUAUCCAUUUCUGUAUCUCCGCUUUGCAACUUGACUACAGCUUGCAUCAGCAGACCAACAAACGGAUGUGUGACGUGUUCGCAGUUUGACUCUCACAGCAAAAGGACUAGCUAAGUAAUCCACUGCCAUACAGAGACGGCGACUGCAUUUUGAGAAGGCCACAGUAAUAAUACGCGAUUUUCUCCAAGCUUCAUUACCAACGGCUAAAACCUGAGACAACACAAGCACUCCGGUACAAUAAAGCAGUUACAGCUACGGAAUCGGUGGGUGCAUUGAGAAUCGCGCUCUCUCAAGAGUUGUCUAUUUGCAUUUUCUAGCCCCGUAGGAGUUCAACGUGCACACUUUUUAGAACAAGCCAUCCAAAGUGCAGAACACUCUGUGGUUAUCUGGGAGUCUGUCAGGCCUAUGCAUCAUGAGAGUAUUAGACACAUUAGAACUAGUGACUGUACAGCGUCUGUAAUCCCGUUCCUGUUGUAAGCCAUAGUAGAGGUAGGAUAAAUGCCACUUCUAGAUAAACUGUAUUCAUCUUAUAUCGGUAUCUGCACAAGUGUCAUCGGUGUGUGAAGUUUUACGGACCCGUCAGUGUUCUCCGUCUUUAUGUUCUGCAUGAUUACGACGUCUUGAUUUGUAGCUACCAGCUUUGGCAACAUUCACAACCGUAUUUGUCAAAGCUCCAAACAUAUUUUCUUGUGUUUUUCCUCAUUUUUUUUUACAUUAUGCCAUCUGUUUAAUCUAUCUUCAUGAUGAAGGUUUUUUGUUUGUUUGUUUGUUUGUUUGUUUGUUUACCCCUCACUGGUGUGGGGCAAAAAAAAAUCUGUUGACCAAAAUGCUGCCUUUUCUGCAACUUUCUUCCUUUUAAUUUUUGAGUAGAAAUCAGAAAUACGUUAAGUUUUAGUAGAAAAAAAACUAUCUUAAAACUCAUUUUAUUUACAGGAAUAGAAGAGACUAAUUAAAACUUUUAAGACAUGAACUAAAACGUGUUGCCGUUACACGUUUCAGAGUAUUUCUAAAGAGGCAGGAAGGGAGUUUCUAAAGUCCUCCUACAUUUUGAGAACUCCUGUAUUAAAUACAAAAUCUCAACAGAAACGUUUAUGUAAAAUGUAACUGUAAAUCAAAUGUCCAUUUUGUUUUGUUUUUGUUUUUUUAUUGUUGAAAAGCUACAUUUUCGAGUAUAUCAGUAUGUUGUUGGAUCUUUUAUUGCUGAUAUUGUGCCAUAUUUUUGCUGAAUAUGCAGUUGGUUCUGAAAAAAAUAUCAACAUUAGAAAUGUUUUUGUCUGAUUCACAUCUUAUAAAUAUCUGAGUAUUUGUGAAAACUUUGUUUUUUGAUGUUGCUUUUUUUGUUUUGUUUUUUAAGUGUAUGAAACUCACUUGUUUUACCUGUGCCACACAGGUGUGUCCAUCUUGGUAACUAACAUGUUGUUACAAACAUGGUUGCUUCUUCUCUUCUGUGAAGCUGUUGUCUAAAUAAACCUGUAAAGUGUAUUCUCCUGUAAAGUGAUGUUCUGCGCUGUUCUGACACCGUCCAGUGUUUCCUGUUACAGACUUGUUUUUGACCAACAUCGGCUUCCUUAACAAGUGUACUGGAUGCUUAAAAUGUCUUCAUUGCACUGUUGAUUAAACCGUUUAAAGUGCU